CGCGCGGUGGUGGGGGUGGUCAUAUUCGACGUCUUGCGUCGCGACGCCUCGAUCGCAGUUUAGUGCUGGACGACAGUCGCCGCAAUCGACUCGUUAAGAGAACACUUAGAGGACCGACCGACACGCAUAGAGAACCGCCAAGAUGUUCAAAAAUCACCUGGAGAUGAUAGGCCGGAAUGAAACGGCUUCGAAGAAAGCCAAAUUUUGGCAAUCUUUUGUAAGAUCCCUCAAGGGAUCUGAUGAUAUUAGGGCAACCGACCCGAUUUAUAGACCUCGCGGAAUCUUCAGACCGAUCAAUGAAUUCGCCGAGUUCUCCUCGACAUGGCCGAAAUCGAUCUACGACGAUCCCAUUCACGCGGGAGAACGCAUCCACGUUCCGGGAUAUCGUUAUGAUCCACUUCAUCGCGAUACUUACGGCUACUCACCCAGACCGAUUUUCCCACACAACUACUCGACCUUAGACAGGUACCGACCUGUAUACCACGUGUCAAAACCAAGGAGCCCUUUUGACGCUGAUAAGGCAUGGCAAGAUCAUUUGGAUCGUGUCUCAAAGAGGGAACCAAGCAUCUUCCACACGACUUAUCCAUUCAGCCGUUACCCGCUUUACUUAGUCUACAGCAAGAGACCACCACCACCACUUCCGCUUGACCCCAACCGCAGUUGGUUGGAUCAUUUGGAUCGUUUGGGAAUGUUGGAUAGGCUCGGUAAUUACUGGCCGAGAUACUUAUCACCAACACCCAUCAAAGUUGGAGAUUUCGCCCCAAGGCCAUCCGAGGUAGCUUACAACUACGCUGGUCAACCGAUUUACACCCGAGGAGGCCUGCUGCCAAGUAAGAGACUCUAUCAUGAAUUAUUGAAUCCCAGCCCCUAUCGUCCCAUCUCCUCCUUCGUUCGCAAUCCCUGGUGGUGGGAUUGGCCCUAUCUUCGUCCCUACAACCCUCUGUUCAGGUGGAGGCCACCGUUCUACCUUAGGGACUCUUACCUCUCCCCGGUGAAGAGGACCUAUCUUUGGGACAAGCACCCCAUUCGACCUUUCGCGGCUGUCUUCUAAGUGCAUCUUCUUACUGCAACUUAAAGUUCAACCAAAAAUCGACGAAGAAUUGUUUAAAACGAAACACCACGAAUUGCGGCAAGAUUAAGCAAGCAGCUAUUUAUAAUUUAAUUUUAAAAACAACUAAAAGGAUAAAAAAAUUAUUAAAACUGUAAACUAAACAAAAUUGAAAAAAAAAUCAUGUUAAUAAAUAAGAUAAAAAUGCUAAAAUCUUUUAACAUAAACGGCAAAAAUGUUAUUAUUACAAAUUACGACUGCACUUCUUUGGGUUUUACCGUUCGAAUGAAACACGUGUCUCGCAUUCCACCCCCCCAAACGUAAUAGGUAAAAUAUUCCUUAGAAGUGCAGAUUAAUUGAGAGAAAAUAUGUUUUUAUUUUGAUCCCUUAGGCAUGUCACCAAAUAAAUUAUUUACAAUUAA